UCGGGGAUGGCGCCCUCUGCUUCGGUGUUCAAGUCCGGUUUUCAACCUCAGGACAACAAACCUCCGAUGGAAAGUGUACUUCCCGACCCGGAGCAGCUAUUGCUGUUCCUCAGAAAACUCAAAGAGGUGUUCGACGUGUGCGACGAGGAUUCGGAUGGUUUCAUUCGCGUGGAGCAUUUCGUAGACCUCGGUUCACAGUUCGGCCAAGGAGACGAGGUGAAGAAGUUGGCCAAAUGCUUGGACCCCAAUGCUCAGGGCAGGAUCAACUUCAAGGAAUUCUGCCAUGGAGUGCUGGCUAUCAAAGGCUGUGAGGGGAUCCUGAAGACCACACUGGGAGCUCGCAGUAUCACACGGCGUCCCUAUGAGACCGACAACGGUUACUACUACCAGGAGGCAGUGGUCAACAGCAAAAGCUAA